CGGAGUCUGACAUUCCAUCGGGUGCUUUAUGUCUCUGAAGCCUUCACAAGUAAGCGGUACAACCCGGGCAGCAACAUGCUGCGCAAGAACUACGAGAACUUCGUUCUUCUGAAGCACAAACAGGCUCUCGUUACCCCAGGCCCCAAGAAAGCAAAGGAUUUUCCACGGGGUCUGGUGAUCGCGUAUCCGUCUGGCCACAUAGUCUCUGCUGCUACGCGCCAACAUUUUGUAGGCUUAGCUGCACCCGACAGCUUUAGGGGGACGGCAAGCAAGGUGCAGACGAGCAGCGGCCCGAGAGAUGCCGUCCAAAUGUAUGCAGACUGGAUCCGCAGGAAGUUUCGUUCUCAUGAGACAGAGCCUCCCUGCUCUAUGAAUGGCUGCACGCGGUUCCUGAACUUCAUUACAAGGGCGGAUCUUCCGCAGCCGUCGCAUCUUGCAGAACCGUUGGAGAUAUAUCUGGAAGAAUUCCAUGAUUAUAUUCAUCUUCACUUUCCGCAUUGGACGAUUGUCUACGACCCUGAGGUGUCUCCGGUCAUGGCGAUCUGCCGCGUUCGGCAAGAUGCAAGCCCUGCGGAAGUGUUGCGCGCAUCCGAAGCAGCAGCUGCUGCACUGACGGAGGUCGAUCACAAGCAAGGCGAGCCGAAUCUAUCCGCGGAGCAGUCACAAAGAGAGGCUGUUUCUCAUAGGGGAGCUGGAACUCCGCCGCGAACCCUUGAACGGGAUGCCAUGGAAUCUCCAGCUAAGAUCCAGCGCCGAUCUGCGGAGGCAAACCAAGCCUGGAGUGGUGGAGUUACAGAAGACUUUGCAGCCGCGUCCAGCGGUGACGUCCACAGGGCUCACACUCGAACGGCGAGUCGGCGGUUGAUGAUUCCGCUGUCUCAGCAGCCGCGGCACCUCUGGCCGCCUUCCUCUAGAGUUGCAUCUUAUUUCCGUAAGGAGUUAUCUCUUGCUGCUAUAGCGGCAGCAGGCAGUGAAAGCAAUGCCAACAAUGGUGCAGCAGCUGCGCCAACCACAACCGCCGCAGCAGCAGCCAUGGCAGAGUUGCGUGUAGUUCUCUUGAUAGGGGCUGCUCACAUCGUGGCUCACUGUCGCAGCCAAGCUACAGUUGCAGGAGCAGGCAACCCAGACUGUGCGGCGGAAACAAACUACAGCCAGGCGGCGACUUCGGCUGCAGUUAGCGACGUCUGGUCUAUCCUAAGGUAUUUCGUUGGAUCUGCAAAGGAGAGAUUCGCCUGA